ACGCAGAGGGUAGAGCGCAUCCUGUCGCGCCUGCCCCGCCCCUUACAGCGCUACGCAACCCGCCUGCGCGGCGCCCCGCUCACCCACGUCGCCGCCUUCCUGGUGCUGCACGAGAUCACGGCCGUGGUGCCGCUGCUGGGGCUGUUUGGGCUGUUCCACUAUGCCGUGGCGGGCGCGCAUUUGCCGGUGGAAUGGUUGAUGAGGAACUACGGCGGGUAUGUGGAAGAAGGGGUCUCGAGAUUUGAGCGGUAUUUCAGGCGGAAGGGGUGGUUCGGGUUUGGGGAGGACGAGGAGGGAGGGGGGAUAAAUGGGGAGAGGAACGGAGCGGAGGGGGAGGAGGUGCUCCGUCACUGGAGGGACCAGGGCGGCGCUGAUGAUCCCAAAUAUCGUGUUGUCGUGGAAAUCGCGUUGGCCUAUACGAUCACCAAGGCCCUGCUGCCGGUCAGGAUCGUUGCGAGCGUGUGGGCUACGCCGUGGUUUGCUGGGGUUCUCACGCGG